AUGGAUCCAAAGGGCAUCCAUGUCAUACCUCUAAGUUUAUGAUGUAAUGCUUCACCGGCUCUUUCAACAUACUCUCUCUCUCUCUCUCUCUCUCUCUCUCUCUCUCUCUCAUUGUAUCAACACCCCAGCUCUCUAUUUAGGUCCAAUGACUACUUAGUUUGCACAUUAAAGAUGAAACAAGUCAACUAUAUUUUACUAUUUAAUGAUGUUAUAAAGAAAUCUUCCAUAUGCGCUUAAAGUUUUUCAGUAAAAAGAAAGAUGAUGUUUGGAAAAUAAAGGCGAUAAUAACCUUUAUUUUAAGUCAAAGUAAUGGAAUAAAGAACUUGGAAUUAACUAAUGGUUUAAACAAUAGUGUAACUAGCUACCCAUAGAAGUUAACAUCACGUGUAGUUUAUAUAAUGAAAAUAUUUGUUCUCAAAGUCUCCUCAAGAAGGGACCACUAUACUUUUAUUAUUGUUUCUCAUUGUUCUUUUCAUGAAGAGAUGGCUUGACAAGUACAUUUCAUGAUAUCAUUGAAGUUAUAAUUAAUAAUAAUACAUAAAUUAAAUUUUUUUGAUAAGAAGAAAGAAUCAAGAUGUUUGAGAGAAUAGCCAUAACUAUAAUGUUUGACAUAUAUUAUACUUUAGAAAAUUUGAAAAAUAAAUAUAAAAAUAUAUUAAUUUUUUAUAUAUCAACAGUUGUUGUGAGGACACCUCAAAAGAGUUUGAGGAUUUUUUUUCAUAAAGAUAUAUGAUAAGUCUUCAUUAUCAUGAGUUAAUAAUUAGUAAAUAAUAUAGUUUUAGCCUUAACUCAUGAUAAAUAGACUUAUAUUUGUGUUAAAGCAUGAAAAGUGGUUUUCAGUUGAUUAACGUGAAUUUUUGGGUAAUUAUGUGAUUUUAUACGAUUUUUACAGUCUUAGUUUUGAGAUAAAUGAAGAACAAGAAAUAAAAAUAAAAAUAUUGCAAAAUGGGGGGAUCCGCCGGCCAGCCGGGCCCGCAAGCGGGUCGGAAGCGCAGUCGGGGAGUAGCCGCGAGCAGGGGCUCGAGCGGCUUGGUUGGAUCGGAAGGGGCACGUGUGCGCCACUCCCCUUCCACGUCACCGGUGGUCAGCCGGCUGUGGGGCAAGGAGUGGUCGUACACGCGAGAGAACUUUGCCUAGAAAGCUAACUUUAUUGUAUAUUCGCCCGAAUAAUCCGCCCACAACCGAUGUGGGACUAAAUCCACCUUGUAAGGGGCGGGCGACCGCCGCGGGUUCGAAUCCUCCCAGAGUCAAAAUUCAUAUAUUUUUAACUGAUUAUCGCGACUUUCCUGCAGAUCGCCGGUGAAGGAUUAAGCAACCGGAAUCGCUGGAUCAUCGGCGAAAAUCUCGUCAACGCGAUUCGCGAAGCAUUGCUACUAAAAUUUCUGAACGAUUCGCGAUAAAAGGAUCGCAAUCCAUCGAGUAAAUCAUCUCCGAUUGAUCGACGAACAAGCCGUCGUCGGGAAGAGGACGAUCCGCCGGGAGACCAGUCACCACCUCCUGAGAGCGUACCAGAUGCGAUGAAGAGCCUCCUCUUGCUGCGCGGACCUGAGGAUGAAGCUCCCUAACACGCGCCUCACCUCCAUCCAGCUCCUCUCCGUCGGGUGACAGCCGCCGGAGAGCCGCAAAGUCGCCGUAUUUCCGCUCCGCCGGGUGACAGCCGCCGGAGACGAUUCGACGACCCACUUCAUUGGUCUCUAGACUUCACGAGAAGAUCUAGAGAUUGCCCACGUCGUCUUUGUCCAAGGAGAACCUUCGAGGCCGUGGACACUGCACGACGACCCUCCCAAACGCUCAGGAUUCCGGUGCAUCGCCGACACGUCGCCAUCGCGACGCCGGAACUCUGUUUUCCUGGUUUAUCUAGAGAUUGCCCACGUCGUCUUUGUCCAAGGAGAGCCUUCGAGGCCGUGGACACUACACGACGACCCUCCCGAACGCUCAAGAUUCCGGUGCAUCGUCGACGCGUCGCCGUUGCGACGCCGGAACUUUGUUUUCCUGCUUUAUUUAGAGAUUGCCCACGUCGUCUUUGUCCAAGGAGAGCCUUCGAGGCCGUGGACACUGCACGACGACCCUCCCAAACGCUCAGGAUUCCAGUGCAUUGCCGACGCGUCGCCGUCGCGACGCCGGAACUCUGUUUUCCUGCUUUCAAUUUAAUUUACGCUUCAUUUAG